AGGUCCAUUCGUUGAUAUAACAUUAUAGUGAUAAAGACAUGGAAUAAUGUAAAAAUUAAAAAUUGUUCAAUUAAACGCACUGAUUGGGCGAAUAAAGUUUCCUGUGAUUUCAUUCAAUCUUGUUUCCUUUCAAUCCUUUACCAUUCCGAUCAACUUGUAACAUCAAAGUGCUGGAAUCUCAACACCUUUACUUCAACAACAUUCAAGUGUGCUUCAUAGCUGUGAUUAACAGGAUCAUUUCAACAUUCAUUGAUUAAUCCAACAUGAUAACCAUUGACCUGACCAUGUCCAUCUUUAACCAAAAGGUUUCAUGCUGUUGUUCAUCUUCUCUGUCUUCACGGCUCUUUCGACCUUUCCUUACUUUCUGGUUGGCUUAUUCCUUGUCACAUGUUACAUGAACGAGGCUGCGUGAUGUAACCUUGUCUUCCAGUCUUCCUUGAUAUAGAGGAAAGAGAAGAAGAAAGAGGAAAAAAGAAAACAAAGUGGGUGGAGCGAGAAGAGAUAUGAUGAUAAUGUGUUUGCAGCAAAAUGUUGAGUAUGAGUUGAAAGAGAGGCGAACAAAAAGUGAAAGAAGCAGAAGAAGAAAAAAAAUAGUAAAGAAAAAGGAAAGACUCGGAGAGAAGAGAGAGAGAGAGAGAUGAGAGUGAGAGUGAGAGCUACAUAAGGGAAGAGUUUUUGGGGAGAAGAGUGAGUGGAAGAGGAGAGAGAGAGAGAGAAGACAAGGGAGAGGGAAAGAUCGAGAGAGAGAGAGAGAGAUACAGCUUAGCUCAAAAUUAUUUCUUUGCCAUCCAAUUGAAGUAUAAAAUUAAUGAGUAUUGCCAUGAGUUCGUUUGUGAUGAACCCAGCGGCAUAUACGGCUGCUGCAGCCGCGGAGGAUGCUGCGAGUGGCGGCUAUUCAAGUUACUAUGAUGUUACGGGAAGUUCAUCUGGACUUGGUGGUGGUGGUGGUGGAGGUGGAAGUGUAAGUGUAAGUUCCAACAGUUCAAAUGUCAACACUUUUGGAUUCAAUCAUCAUUCCUCUUCCCAUCAUUCAUUCAAUCAUCACCAAAGUACACCGAUUCCCGGUUAUCAUACUCAUGUCAACGAUUCCCUUUCCAACUAUGGAUCACCUCACCAUCCGCACCAUCUCAACCAUUCUCAACAUUCCCUGCAAAAUCAUCUUCAAUCGCACCAUCAACACUUGACUCACCAUUCACCUGGACACCAUUCAUCGCCCCUUCACCCUCACCAUCCUCAUCAACAAUAUUAUGGAACCCAAAGUGUUCCCGGUGCUGGUCCCAUGGGAUCACUUGGUCAAAAUGUUUCACUUGGUUCAACCGAUUCUUCCCUUGAACCUUCACCAGGAAUUUUAACUCAUCCUCAUCACCUUUUAGCUACUUCAUCUGGUCUCCUAUCACACCAUCAUCAUCCCAAUGUUUCAUCACCUUCGCCCUCACCUAGUCAUCAACAGCAGCAACAACAACAAUCAUCUUCAUCUCUUCAUCAAACUGGAUCAAAUCAUCAACAAUUAGAUGUUAAAUCUAAUCUAUUAGACAUUCAAUCAAUGAGUGAUCCUCCCUCUCCACCGGACUGUGCAAUCUCAGGGAACAGCGGAAGUAAUUCAGGUGCUUCAGGUACUGGUCAACCCGUCAUCUAUCCUUGGAUGAAAAAAGCUCAUGUAAACCAAAGCAGUGAAAGUAGUAAUGUAUUUCGCACAGUUCAAAAUGGAAACAACUUUACCGGAAUGGAACCCAAAAGACAGCGAACAGCUUAUACUCGUCAUCAGAUCUUAGAACUGGAAAAAGAGUUCCAUUAUAAUCGUUAUUUAACUCGUCGUCGUCGCAUUGAAAUUGCUCAUUCCUUGCUUCUCAGUGAAAGACAGAUAAAAAUAUGGUUCCAGAAUAGGCGAAUGAAGUGGAAAAAGGACAAUAAACUGCCCAACACUAAAAAUGUAAAGAAAAAAAAUCAAGCCAACAACAACAAUAAUAAUAACACAACCAACAACUCAACCAGCAACAGCAAUAAUAACAAUAAUAAUAAUAAUACAUCAUCCAACAAUACUUCAUCAUCAAAUGCCAACAAUAAUCAUGGAAACAAUGUACCAGGAUCUCAUGACCUAAAUAGUUCAAUAUCUUCAAUGACCAUUAGCGGUACCAAUGGACCUGUACUACCAACCGUUGAACCUAAAACUGAAGCAGCAGCAUAUGGAUUAACCGAAUUGUAAAACUAAAUCACAAAUAAAAAACUCAAAACUCGUAAACCCGAACAUGAGUUAUGUUAUCAUUAUACUUUCCUCUCUCACUAUUUCACUCCUUUUUUCUCUCUCUCAUUAUUUCUCUCUUUUCUCUCUCUCCCUCUUAAUCUCUCUCUCUUUCUCACUCACUCUCAUUGUGAAUAAAUAUGAGUUUUGAAACAUAACUUUUAUAGUGAAAA